AUGCAGACUGAUGGCAAUUUUCUCUUUCAGAAAGUCCAAGGUGGGCUAAAGGUAAGUAGCUGUGGUCCUUCUCUGUGGCUGCCAAAUAUGGACUAUGCCAAACCCUUAAUCUGCAGAAGAAUGCUUUUGUUACUUUACUUUUUUUAUUCCACUUUUUAGCUAAAAUUGGUCCCCAGGUCACAAAAAAUUGGGGGUCCUUUCCCUCUGGCUUACAAUUGAAAACAAAACAAAAUGGAUUGGCACAGAGGAAGAAAUCUGUAAAUGAGCUGCAAGUUCUUCCAGUGUCUCACUAGACAGGGAUAGGUCAAAGAGACACAGAAUCAGAGGUGGCCUCCCAGCUGCAGUGAUGGAGUGGUCGUGCCUCUCUUCUGCUCUCUCUGCUACUGCAUCCUGUGACAUAUUCAUCCUUGUUUGUUUGUUUGUUGCAUUUAUACUCUCUCUUUUUUUUCUCCAAGGAGCUCAAGUUGGUGUGCGUAGUUCUCCUUUCCUCAUUUAAUCCCCACAAAAAUUCAAUGAAUUAAGUUAGAUGGAGAGGGAGGGACUGGCCCAAGGUCAUUCAUGACAGAAUGAGGAUUUGAACCCUGGUCUCCCAGGUCCUAGUCCUAGUACAACAAUCUAACUACUCUGACUCUCUCAUCAGCUUCUUUUAUAUAACUCUGUUGGGCACUAUGCAGACUGAUGGCAAUUUUCUCUUUCAGAAAGGCAAGGAUAAGCUGCAUGUAAGUAGCUGUGGUCCUUCUCUGUGGCUGCCAAAUAUGGACUAUGCCAAACCCUUAAUCUGCAAAAGAAUGCUUUCGUUACUUCACUUGCUUUUAAUUGUGCUGCUGUGGAUUUGUUUUUUAUAGUCACCAAGAUUAAGGAGGAGGGAGAUCUAUCUGUGUAGUGAAAGAGUGAAUUCACAGUGAUUUAUUAGUGAGACAAAAGCCCUUCAAAUCUUGUUGAACUGCAUCAUGCAUCAACCUCAGCCAACAUAGAUAAUAGUGAAGGCUGAUGGGAGUUGUAGGUCAACAUAAUCUGGAGGGUCAGGUGUUUCCCACUCCUCCUAAGCUCUCCCACAUGGGUUGAAAAGCUGCCAUUCAUUGCUAUGUGGGAAAACAAAGCAUAAACCUGCCUACCAGGCCCGACACAGAGUAAUUGGGCCCUACCUUUGCUCAGUUUAUUAUUUACAUUAAAAAAGAACUCUAUUUUAUCUCUAAAAGUGACUCCCAGAGAACUAAUUUCAAGAAGAAAAAACAAAAGAGAACCACUGCCUUCAGGCUUACAAUUCAAAAAGACAGGGAAAUUCAAAUGGGAGCCAGCCCUGAUCUGAGGUUUCGUCAGUGUACACCAGCACUGCCUUGGUGUCUAGAUCUGCAAGCCACCACUUUGAUUUCCCCAAAUGAUGGAGUGUCACUGCAAGGCAUCAUGGGGAAACUCCAAUGCCUGCCUAAAACUCUUACGAUAACCGCUGCUAUAGGCAGGAUUCUGCUGCUUUCCUAGGGGCUACCUCAAAAUGGCAGCCUGCCCUGGUCUCAGGUUGUGUCAGCGCACAAGAUUUCAUGUAACAAAUGAGCCUUCCAUGCUCAAGGAUGAAAUUUCCAUGUCCAUUCAAACCCCAGUGACCCAGAGCAUCCUCCAGGAGAAUCUUUUGUGUACCCAAGGUUUGUUGAUGGAAAAGCAGAAUUGAGUCACCCUUGUUUUAUUUUUCAUUCCUCAGAAACAUGUGCAGAGCAAAAGAGAUCUUGUGAGUAUAUUGUAAUGCAUCACAUUGGCAACGCACAAACAUACAUACACAUACUGUUGGGAUUUUUGACUACGUGCCAUUCUGUGCAGCUUCACACAGAAUCAAUUAAGAGUUGGCCGAAGGCCAAGGAUGACUGAGCAGAGAGGAGUUAUCUAACUGGAGAUAUAGGACCUUGGAUAUAGCUCUACCAUUGGCUGAUGUCUCACACAGGCAUGAUGACUUAUGAUCUUACUGACUGAAGUGUUUGUUGGUCAGUGUGGAGUUCUGAGAAUCGUUUGGAGUUUGUCAGAGAGGGCUAGUUAAGAUCCAUAUCUGUAUCUGUUCUUGUGUAUAGUAACUUGUAGAGCCUGCUGUAAAUAAUAAACACCUCUAAGUAACCAAGUUACUAGUAACAGCAUUUUGUUCCUGCUUCGUCCAUCCUGCCUGCAACUGAUUGCUUUCUGGAACUCUGUGUAUGCUCUGCUAAGGUCUGGCUAAGGUCCUGCAACAGGUCAAAGUUGUGAGACACCAAUACAUACACACACACACACACAAACACACACCCCACUACAGGAACAGCCCGAUCCUCCUCAAGUGCAGCCCCUCUAAUGACUACUAUAGUCACUAUGACAAGGACUGGCAGAUCUAAGCAGUCCUUCUCUUAUAUAACCCUAUUGUACAUUAUGCCGUAAUAAUAAUAAUAAUAAUAAUAAUAAUAAUAAUACUGCAGAUAAAAAUAAAUGACUCUCAAGAUUGCUGGCAUUUUUCUCUUUCAGGAGGCUUUGGAUGACGAUGUGGAUGUAAGUAUGUGCAUUCUCUGUGACAUGUAAGGACCACAACAGGGUCAAGAAACUUAAUUUGCAGAAAUACUCUCUUGUUGGUUCCCUGCCCCCCUCUAAUUAAGCUUCAGAGGCAUUACUUAAAAUUCCACAGAUGGAGGCAGCAUUUCUUCUGAAUACAUUCUAUGCCGGAAUGCACAGAAGAGGAGAGGGGUCUUGGACUCAAAUCUUGCUUGUGCGUUUCCUGCAGGUUUCUGGUUGGUUAUUGUGAGAAUAGGCUAGAUAGGACACCAGACUCUAUCCAUGUAAUAAGAGAGUAAAUGCGCACUGCACUAUAACUGAGAUGAAGAAGAAAUACCCAGGGUGGACUGUGCCAAUAGGCCUAGAAUUCUGAAAAAGGAGUGUGAAGUUGGAACACAGCCUAGGGAGCAAAACAUGCUCAUUACUUCUAGGUGCACCUGAGCCAGGGCUCAGAUACUGACCUUGCAAUGGCCAUAUCCCACCUUCCUGGGUCCAGUGCUGCCUGAGGGACGGGCAUUAGUGUACCCCUUUCUUUUCUUUUCUUUUCUUUUCUUUUCUUUUCUUUUCUUUUCUUUUCUUUUCUUUUCUUUUGGCCAUAUCAUUUUUAUUAAUUUUACAAUAUUGCUUUCCAUUACAAUUUCUCCUCUUAUAUUUUACAAUUUGGCUUUUUGGGGCCAUGACUUCCUUCAAACCUUCCUUAUGAUUUUCUACCUUUCAUUUCAAAUUUCUGCAUUUUCACUACUUAACCAUUGCUUUCAAAUCAAAAACAUCAAAGCACCAUAUUUUCUUAUUCUUCUCUGCGGUGAUUUUUAUACCUUUCCUUACAAAGCUUCUUGAAAUCCUACCAAUGUGUUUGAUUGACUACAAUUGUCUUUCAAACAAUUUACAAAUUUAGUCCAGUCCUUGAUGAACUUCUGGUCCCACUGUUCUCGGAUUCUUCCCUUCAUUUUGGCCAGUUCCACAUUCGCCAUUAACUUCAAUUGCCAUUCUUCCUUUGUCAGUAAUUCCUCUUGUUUCCACUUCUGUGCUAAUAAAAUUCUUGCUGUGGUUGUUGCAUAUAGGAAAAGCUUAGUAUCUUGUCUGUUAAGUAGUGUACCUCUUUCUUGCACCUUGCCUUUCUUCAUUUGAGGCCCUUGCCACCACCAAAUAAGAGAUCAAUUAAUUCCCAGGUUGCCUCUCAUCAAACAGCCUCCAAAACUUUCCCAAGGUCUCUUUAAAGCCUUUUUUAGGUAGCCAAGAUGUAGACUGUCUACAGUAAGCUAAGGUCACACAGCUUUAUGAAACGUAAAUCCACUGGGGCAAGGAAAUCAUGGUGUUUGACUCUGGUAGCCACUAUGGGGACUGACGGUCAUUUUCUUUUUCAGAAUCUCCAGGAGGAAGUACUUGAGGUGAGUAUCUGUGGGGCUUUCUGUGUUUGCGUCCUAUAUAACGGAUUAGAGUAGCACCAAAAGGCUCAGGAGCAGAAUAACACAUUGGUUUGUUCUCUUCCCUUAAUUGGGUUACCACAGAAUAUUUAAAAGUCAUUGAGGAAAAGAAGGAGGAAGAGCAUUUAUCCAUAGAAAGGAAGGCUGAACUGACAGAACUGAGAAGAGGAAACUUCAGUUCCCAGGAUACUCUGGGGGAAGUCAUGUGCUUUAAAUCUAGGGUGUGAAACUGCCCUAGGUUAUUAAGAGCAUUCCUUGUCUCAGGUGGGUUUCCACAGUGAUCAGCUGUGGCGAUCCAUUGAGUUUGAUAUAUGCUUCUGCCAAGGGCCAGCCCAACCACUAGGCAAGGUGAGGUGACAGCCUUGGGCAGCAGAAUCCACAGGGACAGAAGGUCUGGCAUCCAAGGAAUGCACUGUCUGCUGGUGACACUGAGAGCCCCACCCCCGCAGUGGCCUCAGAUUCCCACUUCAGUUGUUGGGUGUAGUUUAUUUUAUUCCUCCCCUUGCUCCCAAUGUGGAUCUUCACUUACCCCUCCUUCCCUGGUGGGGAGGAGAGAAUUUUGCAGAUUGCCCAGACACCAAAACAUCUUAGACCAGCCCUGCUUGUGCCCCUUUGUCACUGCCACCAGCUGUAGACCUAUGAUGUGCAAGCUCCUGGGGGGCAGAGGCCAGCACCCCCUUUUCCUCUUGUCAUUUUCAUCCUCACCUUCCUCUGUCAUAUAACUGCAUUAAGCACUAUAUACAUUGUCUGCAAUUUUCUCUUUCAGGAUGCGGUCGAUCCAUUGGUAGUAGUAAGUAUCUGUGAGCUUUCUCUGUUUGUGUCAUGAAUGGACUGCAAUGGUGUAAAAACAAAAAUAACUGGCAGAGGAACUCUUUUGUGGUUCCCUUGAAUUCUGCUUCCAUGGAAUUUUUUAAAAGCCAACAGAUGAAAGGAGGAGGAAGAACAUCCAGCCGUAUAAUGGAAGAGUGAAUUCGCACUGUUCUGUUAGUAAGACACAAAAGAACCCAGGGUGGAUCUGUGCCAAUCUGCCUGGCAUCCUGAAAAAGGAGUGUAACCCUGAACACAGUUGAGCAAUGGGGAAAGAGGACCAUUAGUCCAAAGUGCAUAUUGGCUCAAUGUAGUAUUAUACAAGUUAUCCUUUAAUUGGUGGAGUAAAGGACCUAAUUUCCGCUCCAUAAUUCCAAAGGAGGCAAUCCACAGGCAUUAAUACAGCACCAUCCUGUGGGAGCCAGCACUGCCUUGAUGUCUGGAUCUGCAAGCCACCAUUUUAAUUUCCCACAAUGUCCAGCAUGCAGGAUUUGACAUAACAAAGGCCUUUCGACCUCAAGGAUGGGAUUUUCAUGCCCAGUGACUCAGAACAUCUGCCAAGAGAGUCUUGCCUGUCUGCAAGGUUGUAGAUGGAAAAGCAGGAUUGCUUUAUUUUUCAUCCCUCAGAACCCCCUUUCGCUGGUAAAAAGAGAUCUUGUGAACAUGUUGUAAUGCGGCACAUUGGUAAAUGACACACACCUGCACAGGUACAGCCCAAUUUUCCUCCUCAAGUGUAGCACCCCUAGUGACUACCAAAAGGGCUGGCAGAUCUAAGGCGUCCUUCCUGUUAUCCCUCUCAUCAUAGUCUUCUCUUACAUAAUCCCAUUGUGCAUUAUGCCAAGUGAAAGCCAUUUUCUCUUUCAAAAUGUCAAAUAUGUGGUUGACUCAAUGACAGUACAUAUCUGUGGGCUGUUUAUUUUUCUUACUCUGUCUCCUAGUGCCCACUAUUCUGGGGCAUUGUGGGAACGUGUAAGGACAGCUUCCAGUGGAGAUCUGGAGCAUUAUAGGGAAUGUAAAGGUUUCUAUUUAUAUGCCACUCAACCUACAAAAUCCUUAGGCAUCAGCAACACUAAGAAAUGAGAAUAGGGUGGUUCCACUGUAGCUUGAUGUUCUCCAGGGCAGCAGGUGGCAUCUGCCGAAGACAAGCUAAGCCAGGUCAAAGCAGAAGGUAGGCAAAAGCAGGACCUUGGACAGUUCCCAAUAACCCAACUGGUUGAAACUACCUGGAAUGGGAAUAAAAUGCUAACAUGGCCAUUGGACCACGAGAGGCAGGGAGAGGUUUGUUAGGCUGUGGAGGGGUGUUGGGGUUUGGAAGUUUGGUUGACUGGGGAGGAGAGUGUCCUAUUUUGAGAUUCUUUGCCUUGAUCGACAAAGGGAGGAUCAGGUUGCUAUUAUGACAUUUUUGUCUGGACACAGCUGCUUUCAUAUUCAGAUCCCCAAAACAGCGAAAAUUUGAAUUUUAAUAUUCCCCAAGGCUAGGGAUGGGGAAGCUACAAUGCUCCAAGUGUUGUUGGUCACCUACAACUCCCACCUCCCCUGACUAUUUGCCACGCUGGUGGGGGCUGAGGGAAUUUGAAGUCCAACGUCUCAAGCACCACAGGUUCCAGUGCAGGAAAUGUGUGCAGGAAAUUAUGGCUAUAACAUAAAAGAGGCAUUCAAAAAUAUGUACCUUACUGUUGAAUCAUAGACUCAUAGAGUCAUCCAGUUGGAAGGGAACCCAGGGGUCUAGUCCAACCCCCUGCUGUGCAGGAAUCUCAACUAGAUCAUACCAGACAGAUGGCCAUCCAACCUCUGCUUAUAUACCCUUGGAGGAGAGUCCACCACCUUCCGAGGGAGUCUGUUCCACUGUUGAACAGCUCUUACUAUCAGAAAGUUGUUGAAUGCAUUGAAUGUGUUGAGAGGAGGGUGUUUUUAUGUUCUUAAGAAACUUCAUAUAAAAUGUAUACAAUUAAAUGCAGACUUCUAAUGCGUUCCUUUGAAACAUCAAGACAGGAUGGGAACAGACCUGUGAUCCAGGAAUGAUGAACCAGGAACGAUGGACCAAAUCAGCUGCCCAUUCCAUCCUUAAUAGUAAUUGUUCUUUGCUUCCUAGACUGAAGAAGAGGUAGCUCAGCCUGAAAGUGGCAACGGUCACGGCAGAGGCCAUGGCAGAGGCAAAGGCAAAGGCAAAGACAAAGGCAAAGGCCGUCACCAUGACCAUCACCAUGGCCAUGGCAAAGGUGAAGGCAGAGGCCAUCACCAUGGCCAUGGCAAAGGCAAAGGCAAAAAGAAUGAGGUGAGAAAUGAGGGCACAUUUUUAUGGAUCGCUCUUUCCUACCUUUCCUUCUGAUCCUUGGCUUUUGGGGCUCUCUUCUGGCUACCCAGGUGCAGUCAUAGGUCACUCACAUGCUGCUGGCCAGGGAGGAAAUGCAGCCCCACCAAACAGAACAAAAGAAGUAACAAAAUGGGCAUUCAAAUGUGUGCAUGCAAAACGUAAUGGGUGGCUUCAAACCACAGUCACUGUUCUGCAAGCCCAUCUUAUUGAUUAUCUUUAGAAGGGGCUUGGACCAGACAACCCUGCAAGCAGAGGACUGCUUUGAAUCAGUGGCAUAGCAUUGGGGAGCCCAGGGGCAGUCACCCCAGACACAAAAUUGUUAGGGGUGCAAAAUUUCAACACCCAGUGCUGCCUCAAUACAGCUACACACUUUCACAGCUGGGCUCUGUUGAAAACAGCUUCUCCAUGAAAAGCAGGAAGUGACUUCUCCAGACAAUGGAAUGGCUCAUCUUUUCUUAUCUCUGCAGCUUCAAUUUCUUGGAUGACACGGACAUUGUUAGGCAGUUGAAUGCACAAGGGCACCCCAUCCAUUUCCCUCCCACCCCAGCUCCGUGUGGCCCUGGGGACUAGCAACCCAUGUUAUGCCACUGCUUUGACUAUUAAUUCCAUAAGGGCUAACUUCUGUAAAGUCACACGGACACCUGACUGCUGGCUUGAGGCUCUCCUCUGAUCUAGGGGGAGAUCAUGCCAGAAAGUGGUGCUCCCACUCUAUAAAGUUAAAAGCAUUUCUUUUAUCUUAAUAAACAUACACUUGCAGCUAUGCCACAAUCAGACUCUGGUGCUACCAUCAGGAAGCAGUUGUGGAAAAAUGACUGCCUCUUUUGUGGUGGUAAUAGAGCAAUAGGUGCUUGAAACUGGUAGAUGGGUUUAGCACUGCUCAGGCUGAAUUGUAUUUGUUUUGAAUGUGUUUCAUCAACCACUUUGAACAUCUCCAUUUGGAGAGGAGAAUGGGAGUUAGUGCAAGUUUACUGAGAAGUAAAUAUAUCGGAAAGUCAGUAGUUCGAAUCCCCGCAACGGGGUGAGCUCCCGUUGUUCAGUCCCAGCUCCUGCCAACCUAGCAGUUCAAAAGCACACCAAAGUGCAAGUAGAUAAAUAGGUACCACUCUGGCGGGGAGGUAAAUGGCGUUUCCAUGUGCUGCUCAGGUUUCGCCAGAAGCGGCUUAGUCAUGCUGGCCACAUGACCCAGAAAAACUGUCUGUGGACAAAUGUCGGCUCCCUCGGCCAGUAAAGUGAGAUGAGCGCCGCAACCCCAGAGUUCGCGACUGGGCUUAACUGUCAGGGGUCCUUUACCUUUAAAUAUAUAAUAGGGUUUCCGUAUUCCGUAUUCCUAAAAGUGAAAAUCCGGACAAAGUUGUUGAGCUCCCCCCAUGUUGUUGAGGACGUAUGGCAACCCUACAUCUGUUGAGCAGCUUGGGGGGGGGGGGAGAUUGUUCAGCUGGUGACUACUAGAGGCUUCUUAAUUAUUUUAAAAUGAGAAAUUGUAAGAGACCAGUAGGCCCCUCAAUGAACUCUUAGUUAUUUUUUAAAAAUUAAUUUUCAAGUCUGCAUGACCAGAGAUAAGGAUGAGGAUGUAAUAAAACUUGUGUUCUCUCUUUAGGUGGAACCAGUAAAUGAAAAUGAGGAGUAAGCAGAAAGGACCCCACCACCUGUAAGUUCUCUAAUACAGAUUAUCUGCUUAAAAUAAAAAUAAAUCCAGCAGCCUUCAAUGUUAAACCCAGCUUAAUUGUAUUUUAACAAACUUGCGUAUUGACAUUAAGACAUCAUCCUUUCUCCCUAGAGCAUCAAAGGAACGGCGGAUCUAUGGGGCAGAAUUCUUAGCACUAAACUACAGUUCUCAGGAUUUGAGCAUCGUUUUGUGAGACACUGGGAGCUAUGACUGUUAAAUGAGUACAGAGCCAGUGUGUACUACAUAUUUGUGUUUUGUGUGUCUUCCUUUCUUCUAUCAUGGGGGCAGGGUGUGUGUGUGGCAGCACAGUUGGUGUUCCUAUGGGAACAGCCAAAGAAUGACUCUUAUCACCAGAAAUGGCUUCUGUUGCAGAUGAGGCAAACCUGAAAGGCUGCAUAAAAUGCUGCUCUCUAGGAUUCGAGUUACUACAUCAUAUUCUCUGUUCUUUGCACCCUCCCCAGUUUUGCCCACAACAGUCACUCUGAAUCAUGUACCCCCUGACCAUGAGCAAAGUUAUUGGUCCAUUUCCCCUUUAGGGUCUUUCUCCCCUAAGGUUUUAUGUACCUUUGAAAACACUCAAGAGUUUCCCAAGUCUGCUGAUUCCUUCUUCUUGCACGUGGGUUACAUAAGCAACAGCACUCAGAGCCCGAAAACUGGAAAUGAACAGAAGGAUGAUGUGUGUAUUCUAGCAAAUGGCUCCUAAACAUGAUUCAUGCUGACAGUCCCAGAUCAACCAUGAAUGAGAAACCUUUUGCCCACGUUUCGUGAAAUUUAUACACUGCUUGAUUGUAAAAACACACACAUCUCAAAGCAGUUUACAAAGAGAGAAAAAAACUAUAAAAUUAUCUGCAAAAACAGUUGAAAGCAAGUAUUUAAAACAUAAAUAAUAAAAUCAGCUAUAAACGAAAAGGAAAUUAAGACAUACAUCAAUGUUGCAUGUGUCUGGGUAGGCUUGUCUAAACAAAAAUGUUUGUAGCAGACACUAAAAAGAGGGCAGUAAAUGAGCAGUGGAUAUCAUGUGACACUCAUAACAGUGCCAGUCCCACAGAUCAAAGGGGCUGAGUGGGAAUAUACAAGGUAAGGCAAUCUUGAAGGUAAACCAGUCCCAAGUUGUUAAAUGUUUUAUAUAUUAAUAGAAACAACUUGAACUUGGUCUAGUAGCAAACCGUCAACAAGUGCAGAUCUCUGAGAACAGAGAUUUAUUUGCACAACUCUCAGCUUGCUGCUUUUUCUCUCUUUUCAGCAUUCACUUAAAUCUAAAGCAAGAAUUGGCCACUGGACCGGCUAUCCUGCUCCCUGCUAAUCAAAGACAACAAAUUGCAUCAUGAAACAACCAGAGUUGCCGUGGUGAUGGUGAUCAUCAGUUGCUCAUGAAUGGUUUUUGUUCUGUCUUGUCUGCUGGGUUGAGGAAAGCUUCAAAACAAUAAAAAUUAGCAAGUAUCCAA